AAUAGAAAGAACGUUUUCAUUUCCAGUACUACCAUGCCUGAAUUAAUACCGCUUUUGAAAGCAACUUUUCGUCAUAAAACAAACAGUUGAACUUAGAUCGUUUCUUUCCUGAAUUGUCGAAUGAAGCCUAUCUGGUAAGUAAAAUAAGUUAAAGGUACAAUUUAUAGAGAAAAAAGCAAAAUCAAUAUAGCAUAAAUUAAGCGAAACAGAGAAUUCAAGUCAGUUCGCCCUUAAAUUAUUAAGGUGGUUGGUUAUAUUUUAUGCUUAAAUUAAUUUCAAUAUCUGUAAUUCGUUAUGUGAAGAAGCGUUAACGUAAAAAGAAAUAUCAAAAAAAGAUGUCAGCUGGUAUAAAUAUCGAUGAGUUGCGUUGGUGUGUAUAAACACGUGAAAAAUUUUUUAAAUGAAUAACAAUUUAGAUACAUUAGAUAAAUACAUUAGAAUGAAAUGAAUACUAGAAGUGUUUUAUUACUGAUCAUCUCUCUUGAACAAUCAUAUUAAAUUAAGUUGAAAAUUGUGUCGAAAUCGAUUUAGAAAGUAGGUAUUUUUCAACAGUUUCAACAGGUAAACUGUCCGUAAUUACAUCACCAUUUUUGGUUAUGAACACUUGAGAAGCUAUUCAAUUAUUUACAUUUUACCCGGUCACUUUGUUAUUAAUAAAAGGGGUUAUAAAUAAAAUAGAUUAAUCUUUAACUUGAAAGCUUAAAUACGAAAGUCGAUAACUUAAUGAACGUCAGCUAUAUUGGCUCUCGAUGAAUGUUGAAUUUAAUAAAUGAGAUAAAAGAUCUAAAUGAAAUUUCUUCUUGUUCAAUGUUUUAAAUUCUUUUAGUCUUAUCGUAAUCUACAAACUUAACUUUGAUAUCGUAGUUUUGUAUAGUCAGAAGAAAAUUUUACUUCAACAUAUGAGAAUAUAGCACAAUAAAGAAUUACAACAUGUUUUUAUUGGCUACUGGAAUAAACACAUCACCAAGUUUUAACCCUAUCAACGGCUUUGUUCUAACAAAUGAGUCGAGGCCUGCUGGAGAAAUAAUAAAUGUAGAUAUCAGCGCAACUGAUGCUGAUCAAGAUGAUGUCUUAACAUUUGAAAUAACGAGUGAUUUUGCCAAAUACUGGCUAAAGUUGGAACCGUCUAACCAACCUAGGAAAGUAUAUAUUGUAACCAAACAAGUUCUCGAUCGAGAAUCCGUUGAUAAAUUUGAUGUUAGUCUAAAAGUAUCUGAUGGAAACGGAAAUAGCGAUCAAACGAGUUUUACCUUAAUUGUUUUGGAUAUAAACGAUAAUGCACCACAGUUCGUUGGGCAGCCGUAUGAAAUCUUCGUAUCAGAGAAUGAAGAAUCUGGUCGACACUUGUUUACUGUAAAUACUACUGAUGCAGAUAACUCUCCAUUUAAUAUUGUAACAUGUGCUUUAAAAAAUAAUUUAGAUACUUUUGAGUUGACUUCAACAGGAAGAUUGACAUUAAUUAAUACUUUGGAUUAUGAAAAAAUAAAGUUUUAUCAGCUACACAUUAUAGCAAUGAACAAAGGCACGGGAGAUACGGGAAAUUUAAAUAGUACAACGAAUAUUCUAGUCCAUGUUGUUGAUGAACAAGACACUCCCCCAAAAUUUCAGAAUUUGCCAAAUAGUAUUGAAAUUUUUGAAAAUGCAACUAUGGGUCAAGUUAUUUAUAGUGUUUUAGCUGUUGACGGAGACAAAGGAGUGCUUAAUCCGAAUAGGAUAAGUUAUGAUAUUGUAUCGGGAUCGUUUGAAAAUAUCACCUUAAAUUCUGAUACCGGUGAAUUGACUUUGUCUGGUUCUCUUGAUAGGGAACAUCCUGAUUUGAUAGGUAGAUUUGGUUCUAUUAAUUUGGUCAUUAAAGCAACAGAAGUAGAACAAGUAAAUAGUGGGGUUAGUGAAAAACAUGCUGUAUCGACAUCAACUCUCAAUAUCAAAGUCAUUGAUAUCAAUGACAAUAAGCCUACAUUUAAUGCCAAGAUUUACGUAGGUAAAAUUAUAGAAAAUUCGCAAGAAGGGGCAGUUGUACUUUUGAACCCGCCGUUAAUUGUUCGAGAUCCGGAUGAAGGUCCCCAUGGAAUUAUGAAUGUCACGUUAUUCAGUGACAUCUUCAUUCUAUCUCCAAAAAAUCUAAUAGCAAACGAAGCGUCCCUGCUAUUACGAGUUUCAAAUUCAACAGCUUUGGAUUAUGAACAGAAUACCAAUUUUACUUUUGACAUUGAGGUAAAAGAACAUCAGACCAACGAAGAAUAUAGUAAUACUGCAACAAUAAUUGUACAAGUAAUUGAUAUUAAUGACAAUUGGCCAGUUUUCGACAAUUCAGAUCCAUAUGUUGUUUCAAUACUGGAAAACUCUCCUAUAAAUACAUUUGUAGCUAACAUUUCAGCAACCGAUAAAGAUUCGGGAACUCUUGGCGAAAUUUCAUAUUACAUUCGAGGUGCUGAUGCUCAAAAAUUUAUAAUAGAUUUACAUAAGGGUAUAAUUAAGGUCGGAGUAAAGGCCAACGAGGAUCACACAUUGUUAGAUAGAGAGACUAAAGAAAAAAUAUUUCUAAUUGUUGAUGCAAUAGAUGGUGGAGGUUAUCGAUCUUCCCUUUCUUUGGCAAUAAAUCUCACUGAUGAAAAUGAUAAUCCACCUAAAUUCUCAAGGACAUCUUAUGAUGGAUACGCUAGAGAAAACUCUGCUGAUUUUGAAAGUAAAAUUAUUUUUAUCGCUGAAGAUCCUGAUGAAAAUCAUAAAUUAGAAUUUACAAUCCAAGGGAGUAAUUUAACCGAUUUAUUUUACGUUCAACAACUCUCACCAUUUACAGCUAGAUUAAAUAUUGUUAAGCCAAUAGACUAUGAAAGUCUUAACCCUUCUCUUAAAGGAAAUUUAUCGUUUAAUGUAAUUGUUAGCGAUGUUAGUAGGACCAACCCCUCAACAUCCUUGAACUCUUCAGUUCCUCUUAAUAUAUACAUUUUAGACUUGAAUGAUGAAACACCUGUUUUUGUUAAACCAUCACACAACGUCUCUAUAAAAGAAAAUGCAACAGAAGGUGACAGUGUUUUCACAGUUAAAGCGAAAGAUGGAGAUCUAUCGUCGCCAAACAAUGAUAUAUUCUACAGAAUUGAAACCGGAAGUAGAGAUCAAUUUCAAAUAGAUCCAAAUUCAGGACUAAUUACAGUCGAUAAAAUGGCUCGGCUCGACAGAGACAUCAUAGACGAAUAUGAAAUGAUUGUUGUUGCUAUUGAUAGAGGAAUUCAGACUAAUACUGGUACAACUACAAUUUACUUGCAAAUAGAAGAUGUCAAUAAUAAGAUACCCUUUUUUAAUCCAAUGAAGCAAUCAAUAGCCAUUUAUGAAAAUGUUACAAUUGGUAGUGAGAUUUAUACUGUAAAAGCUUUUGAUUCUGAUUUAAAUUCUGAUCUAACAUAUUCCAUAAAAAGCGUUACAGGAAUGGCCACUAAAGGCUUGAAAGUUGAUGACCUUUCAAGUGUAUUUUCAGUGGAGAAUAAGACUGGCGUAGUAAAAACGAGGAAAAAAUUGAACAGAGAGGAGAUUAAAACAUUUUCUAUAGAUAUAUUUGUAAGUGAUAUGAAUGCUUUUCAACCUGAAUUCCAAAAUUCAACUAUGACUUUAACUGUGGAAUUGAAGGAUGUUAAUGAUAACCCUCCGAAAUUUGAAAAAAGUGAAUAUUACGCUAACAGUUUGAGGGAAGAUGCUAAAAUAAAUUCACCUGUGAUAACAGUAAAUGCUGUAGAUGAAGAUGAUCCAGCGACGGAUAAUGCCAAAAUUCAAUAUUCAAUAGACAAUACUAGCACAAACGCCUCGGGUUUGUUUGGUGUUGAUGAAAAAACGGGAUCUGUAUUCGUCAGCAAUAGUCUAGUCAACAAGACCGGCAUGCGUUUAAUAACUGUUCUUGCAACUGAUAAAGGAACACCUAGUCUGUCGAGUAGUACUCUCGUUAAGGUCUACGUUGAGGAUGUAAAUGAUCAAUCACCAAAAAUUAUUCAUCCAGAUGCCAAUAAAAUACUACAUGUUCUAGAGAAUGAACCCGAAGGAACUUUUAUAGAACACUUUAAAGUCGCUAAUUAUGAUACUGAAAGCGACGAGGAGAUGCUUUUUGAACUGAAAUGGACCCCUGAUAAUGAUUAUCGUGAAAAAUUUCAUAUUGAUCCAAAGACUGGUAUUUUAGCAACAUCUAAAGUACUAGAUAGAGAGGAAAAGAAAGAAUAUUUGCUACACGUUCAGGCUUCAAUAGACCAGAAAGAAGACAAUAGAAUACACCGUCUAGAAAUUGCUGAUAAGGAUGAUAAUCUACCGUCUUUCAACCGUGACCUUUAUAAGAUACCCUAUAUAGUUAGAGCUUAUGAAGAGAAGGAAAAUGUGGCAAUUGCAAAUCUCAGUCUUGCUACAGAUCCUGAUGUGAAUAGCAGUAUUUGUUAUUAUUUAGCUGGUGGUGCAAAACCGUGGAAGGACCACUUCUCUUUAAAGAAAGAUACAGGAAUUCUAAUGAUUAAUAAGAAGCUUGAUAGAGAAAGAGUCAAUAUGGUAGAUUUAGUCGUUAAAGCCGAUCCAGAUUGCUUUACAAAUAAAUGGCAAAAUGCCAGUUUAACUUUCAAUAUAAGUGAUUCAACUGAACUACUCGUGCACAUUCUUAUUCAAGAUAUAAACGACAAUCCACCUUUCUUCGUCAAAUCCUCUUUUGUUGCAGGAGUAAGCAAAGAAUCGGAGUUUGGUUCCGAAGUUCUCAAUUUACAAACUGUUUCUAUUGAUUAUGAUAUCAAUGAAAAUGCAAACUUAACUUGGUAUAUAAUAUCUAACUUUCGUUUGUCCCCUACAUUGAAGACACACUUCCCCAAGGAUUCCCUUCCUUUUACGAUCAUUCCUCACGAAGGAAUAAUUAAAACUAACGUAUAUUUUAAAACAGAAUGGGAAGGAAACAUUAAAUUUGAUGUUCGAGUGAAUGAUUCAAAUCCUAGUCAUGUUGACAAUGCCACAAUAUCGGUGUACUUAUUAAAUGAAAAACAAAGGGUUAUAGUAACAGUUCUUUUAACAGCGGAAGAAGUAAACAAAAGAAAAGAACACUUUUCCAAAGUAAUGUCUAACAUUACUGGCUAUAUUAUAAAUGUUGAUACUAUUCGGAUACAUCAAAGUUCGCAAUCUACUCCCGAUAAAAAUAAAGCAGAUAUGUUCAUUCAUGCAAUAAACCAAGAUUCUGGCACAGUUAUUGAUUCUGUUGAAUUAAUAAAAAUAAUUGAAGAAAAGAAAACCUAUAAUCGUCUUGUUCCACUUUUUCGACAAUAUAACGUAAUAGAAGUUAAAGAAGCAUUCGAAAAUAAAGAAGAAAGUACAGAAAAUAAAAUACCAAUUCUUGUUCUAGUCUCCGUGGUUGUUUUGUUAUUUUUGAUAAUAAUUAUAAUUAGCGUUAUAUUCUACUAUAACCAUAAAAAAGAUAAAAGAAAAUUGAAGUCCUUCAAAACCUAUGAAAUAACUAACGGUCGUACGAAGAUGAAAGAGUCAGAAAUUCCUACUUCUAAUUUACAACCAACGUUAUGCGAAGGAACUAAUCCCAGCUGGUUAACUUUGGAAGGGCAAACCAAUUUUGGGGUUAUUAUGCAAAAUAAUUCAGAUGAUGAAGGAUCAAUUGAAAGUAAUGUUGUUGGUCCAGAUUUAAAUUAUGAAGAGCAGAGAAGAGUAAUGACAAUAUAUCCAGAUUGCGUUACAUAUUCAAAUGGAUGUUCAAAUAACGUUAACAAAAUUGCCAAUACAAAUUACGCUAUCGGAUUGGACUUGAAAAAUGGGCCAAAUAUAGAAAUAACUGACAUCUAG